AGAGUGGAACAAAGAACUACAGAAAAGAAAUCCAAACGUACUAAAAGCUGUAUUACGAUUCGUUGGAUGGAUAUUCUUAGCAUUAAUUUUACUUACAUUGAUUCAGGACACAGCACUAGUUGUGGGCCAAGCACACUUAUUAGGAUUAACAGUACACUAUUUUGACAAUAAGUUGGAAUGGAAUGAAUACAAUAUUUACUUAACCGUUGCCGGAUUUUUUGGCGUGACUGCAAUUUAUUUCUUUACAUAUAAUACUAAUUUAAUUAUGACAGAAUUUAUUGGAAUGAAAUUAAAGAUAGCUUUUUGCACGAUUAUAUACAGAAAAGCAAUGAAAUUAAAUCCUUCAUCUCUAGAAAAAUCGAAUGUUGGGCAAAUGGUAAAUCUUAUAGUAAAUGAUGUCAGCAAAUUUCAAAAUAAUAAUUACGGCAUUCCAUAUUUAUUUACAAAUCCUUUUUUCAUCAUCACUACGAUAGCACUUUUAUGGCAAUAUUACGGAUGGACUAUUUUAGUAGGAUUCAUAGCCAUAUUUCUCUACAUUCCUACGCAAUUUGCUUUGAGUAAAUUAUAUUCAAAACUAAGAUUAAAAGCAGCUGAAUUGGGAGACGAAAGAUUAAACCUGUUGAACGAGAUGAUUGCUGAUAUGAGAUUAAUUAAAAUGUACACCUGGGAAUUGCCAUAUGCUGCAUUAAUUGAGAAAAUUAGAGAGAAAGAAAUGAAAAAAAUUCGGAAGUUUUUAUAUGCUAGGGGAAUAUCAUUCAUAAUGGCAUAUCCUAUAUCGAAAUUAUUUACUUCUCUCACAUAUCUUGCAUUUUUCUUAAAUGGAGGACAACUAAAUGCCCAAAUUGUAUUUGUCACUAUGACUGUUUCUAUGUAUAUCUUCGUUAGCACUGUUAAUUUGUUUACACAUGCAAUAAAUUAUACUGUAGAAGUUUUGGUUUCGUUGAAGAGACUUCAGGUAACGAACAGUUUAAAAAAUUGUUGUUUUCAAGGUUUAUUACUAAAAUAUUAAUUUAGAAAUUAUUCA